ACGUACCACACCCUUUCUCUUUCCCGCCCGCCUUUCGUAGCUUCGUAAGCUAAGUUACCUUAGCUGUACCUUACCUUACCUACCUAGGUAUCUACCUACUGACCUUAGGUACCUCGAUCCCGAGUCAUCCGUUGACCACGAGGUCUGCAAAAAGAAACAAAUCCCCAACGACGUCCCCUCAUUGACAUCAAACAACCGCUGCGACGGCCUCAAUUGCUCGACGGAUCAUCCCCGUCAACUAUAUGGAGACGGGUCGAGUUGCGUUGGUUGUUGGGUGAAGAGCCUCGUGCUGGCGCUGGCCGCUGGGGGACGAAUUUAGUUCAGAAGCGGAUGCCGCCGAUCGAUCCGUGCCACACUUGCUUGUCGACUUGACCGACUGCCGACUGAUUUUGCCUCUAUACCAUCCAAACUUGCGACGCAGCUUCAACAAGGAAGGGAGGGCGAAGAAGAAACAAAAGCAAAGAAGAUAAGAAAACGCUCGAACUGCCAAGAAUAAGCCCACCAACCUAUCGAUACCCACCACCUCUACAUACCUACCUACCUUACCUACCUGUCUCCCUAGCUGAGCACGACAACAGACGAGAAUCAACAACACCCAAUACAAAACAAAACGAAAGGAAACCAUGCUCCAGUUCCUCUUCAUCGGUUUCCUCUUCGCCGGCGGCUACUUCCAUUACAUGUGGAAGGCCGAGGCGGCCAUUGGUGUGCCCUGGGAACCAGACCUCGGAUCCCGCCAGUUCGCUCAACGGCCACUGCUCCCGCCCAUUGCAAACACCUUCAUAGACACUUAUGAGCUGCCCUUGUCUGCCAAAGGGCGUGACGUAGUCGACUCCAAAGGCCGCCGGUUCAAGCUCUCGUCGGUCAACUGGUACGGCGCCAGCGACGAGCUCUUCGUCCCCAGCGGCCUCGACAUGCAACACCGCGACGUCAUCGCCCAGACCAUCCGCCGCAUGGGCUUCAACUCGGUCCGCCUGCCCUACGCCGACGAGAUGGUCAUCGCCAACCCGCCCAUACUCCCCCACCUCGUCUCGCAGAACCCGGACCUGAUCGGCCGCCGCGCCCUCGACGUCUUUGAGGCCGUCGUCACGGCGCUCACCGACGCCGGCAUCGCCGUCAUCAUCAACAACCACAUCACCCACGCCACCUGGUGCUGCGGCGCCGACCCCUGCGACGCCGGCUGGGCCAACGAUCAUCUCGGCCCGCUGUGCCGCGUCUCCCAGACCGAGGACGACUGGAUCGCCCACUGGGAGACGGUCAUGUCCCGCUUCACCGAGAACCCGCGCGUCAUCGGCGCCGAUCUCCGCAACGAGGUCCGCGGCGUCUGGGGCACCAUGACCUGGGACCGUUGGGCCACCGCCGCGGAGCGCUGCGCGAACCGUCUGCUCAAGAUGAAUAGCGACUGGCUCAUGAUCGUUGGCGGCACCGAGUCCGGCAACGACCUGCGCGGCGCCCGCGACCGCCCAGUCCGCCUUGACGUUGACGACCGGGUCGUCUACUCGGCCCACGUCUACGCCUGGUCUGGUUGGGGCUCGCGCGAGGGCCGCUACAGCAAGCGGCCCUACCCUUCCUUUGUCGCCUCGAUGCGCGAGAACUGGGCCUACCUGGUCGAGGGCGACGUCGCCCCCGUCUGGGUCGGCGAGUUUGGCGCACCCGCGCACCCCAGCGUCGGCGACGCAAACUACUGGCAGAAUCUGAUGCGCUACCUCAAGGCCAUCGACGCGGACUUUGGAUACUGGGCCAUCAACCCGCGUAAGCCCAAGGACGACGCAAAGGAGACGUACUCUUUGGUCGAGGAUGACUGGGUCACUCCGAUACUAGAUUAUAGGAUGAAGGACAUGACGGAAUUGAUGCGGGCGUAACUUUCUUUUUUGAAUUCUCUUUUUGAUUUUCCAUAUAUCGCGUUGUAUCAUAGAACACGAUUUAUCAAGUGUCUCUUUUCUUGAAUACGGAAAAAAUAUAGGUCAACAUGUAGACAGGCGUUGGGUUUACGCAGUAUAUCCCGGCUAGUACUGGUGGUCGAUCUGGCUCCGCAGCAGAAAGAAGUACUGAAUCAUAUACACAUGAAUGGUAUCCGGAUGAGAUUUACCCGUCAGAGUCUACAAUCAUCUUUCAUUUCUUCUAUUCUCUCUAGGCUAUUAAAAUCCUGCUCAGAUGCCACCAUUCUCCCAUACAUAUAUUAUCCCUCAAUCGUACAAGCCCUCAUCAUCGC